CGAUUUUCAAAUCUGAUUUAAUAUCUUUGUUGUGAUCGGAUAUAUUAUUUAGGUUAGACGGAGAAGAAGAGACAAAUAUGGCGGUUAGUAUGAAACAAAUGUCGUUGGUCGUCUCUGCUUUGGGCGUCUUGUCCUUUGUUUUGGGAGUUAUCGCGGAGAACAAGAAGCCUGCGUCUGGGACUCCAAUUAGCGGAAAAGGAGUAGUUAUCUGCAAAUAUCCAUCUGAUCCAACUGUUGUCUUGGGAUACCUUUCUGCUGCUUUUCUCCUUGCCUGCACUGUAGCAGGAUACAAAUCCUUGUUCAUCUCUUACAAGGGAAAAUCCGUUCCUAACUCUGUCUUGUUCAAAAGCACCAGCUUCUCUGUGUUCUUCAACAUUGCCUUGAUAACAUCUGGACUGGCCUUGUCUCUGUUGCUCUGGCCAACCAUUACAGAGCAACUUCACCUGACCCGUAAUGUUCACCGAAACUUAGAGAGCAGUUGCCCCACGGCUAAGACCGGUCUGCUUGGUGGAGGUGCCUUUGUGUCUUUGGACUCAUGCCUUUUCUGGUUGGUUGCUCUGAUGCUCGCUGAUAACGCCCGUGAAGACCAUUUCGAUGAAGUUGAAAACAGAAACAUGGAUAGCAACUCUGCCUCGAGGGAUGUUAAUCUCAAGAUUGAUGCUUGAUGCUUUAUUGGUAUUGGGUAUAAGAAGGGUUUUUAGUUUGUUUUCUACUUGUUUGAUUAGGAAAAUAAUCAUUUGUUUCUUCUGCUUUUCUACUUCUUCGUUUUAAAAAAUUUGCUAAAAUGUUAUGAAACCCAUCUCUGCACCUUGAUGCAUUGUGAUUCAUAAGUUGUAUAUGUGUCUACUCAGAUUCUUGAUUAAAUAAUCUUUUGGUUA